AUGCAUCAACGCGCAUUGGCGUGGCGAGAGAAAACCCUUGGGCUUGACCAUCGAGAUACAUUACAGAGCCUCCGUAAUCUAGGCGCGACGCUUCAUUGUCAGGAGAGGUACGCCGGGGCCCGUGAUGCGCCGCGACGUGGGCUCACGAGCAGAGAAGAAACGCAUACGCUAGAUCAUCGAAAUGCCCUUCAGAGUGUCAACAAUCUGGGUACGGCUCUGUGUGGCCAAGGAAAGUAUGGCGCGGGCGAGAUUAUGCAUCGACGUGCCUUGGUGGGCAGAGAGAAAAGGCUCGGGCUAGAUCAUCGAGAUACCUUAGAGAGCGUUCAUGAUCUAGGUGUAGCACUGCAUUAUCAGGGAAAGUACGCCGAGGCCGCAGAUAUACAUCAACGGGCAUUGGCCCAUAGAAAGAAAACCCUCGGGCUAGGCCAUCGAGACACCCUUCAGAGCUUCAACAAUCUUGGCACGACCCUGCGCAGCCAAGGAAAGUAUGACGAGGCCGAGAUUAUGCAUCGACGUGCGUUGGCGGGCCGAGAGAAGAUGUUCGACCUGGAUCAUGAAGAUAUCCUAACGAGUGUCGACGAUCUCGGUACAACUCUACAUGGUCAAGGAAAGUACAACGGGGCUGAGAUUAUGCAUCGACGUGCAUUGGCCGGCAGAGAGCAAACUCUCGGGCUCGGCCAUAGAGAUACCUUAUACAGUGUCAACAAUCUGGGUACUACUCUACGUAGUCAAGGAAAGUACAGUGAAGCCGAGAUUAUGUACCUCCGUGCAUUGGCGGGCAGAGAGAAAAGGCUCGGGCUAGAUCAUCCAGAUACCUUACAGAGUAUUAGAGACCUAGCUGUGGCACUGUAUCGUCAGGAAAAGUAUGAUGAAGCGGAGAUUAUGCAUCGGCGUGCCUUUGCGGGCCAAGAGAAAACCCACGGGGUAGAUCACCGGAAUAGCUUACAUAGUGCCGGUAAUUUGGAUGCGGUGCUGCAUGGUCAGAGAAAGGACAGCGGAGUGGAAAUUGUGCAUCCACAUAUAACAGCAGGCAGGGGGAACGCGCUUAGACCUCAUAGCCCAGACAUCCUACAAGGUGUUUUCCGACUAGCUGUGACUCUUCUUUCUGAGAGAAAGUACGAAGAAGCUCAGGUCAUGUAUCGGCAAGGCCUAAGGGCUAUGGAAAAGGCUCUGGGGCAAGAUCAUCCAGAUGCCCUCGAUAGUAUGAAUAUGCUCGCCGAAACGCUGCUUGAUCUGGGAAGGUAUGACGAAGCGGAGGCUAUUUGUCGACGUGCAUUGGCGGGUAGGGAGAAGGUUCUAGGAGUAGAUGAUGCAGCUACCCUUACCAGCGCCGAUAACCUUGGUCGGACACUGUAUCAUCAGGGAAAGUACGAAGAGGCGGAGUUUAUAUUUCAAUCUACGCAGGCGGGUAGAAAAAAAUUGUUUGGCAUAUACCACCCAGAUACCCUACUGAGCACCCUUCGCCUAGGUGUCACACGGCUUGAUCGGGAAAAGUAUGAAGAAGCUGAGAUUAUUUAUUGGCAUGCCUUGGAGGUUAUGGAGAAUGCCCUGGGGCCUGAUCAUCCGGGGGUCCUCGAGAGCAUGAAUACGUUGGGCGAGAAACUUCUUGAUCUGAAGAAGUAUAGCGAAGCAGAAGCUAUUUGUCGGCGUGCGAUUGCGGGUAGAGAGAAAACACUCGGACCAGGUCAUCGCGAUACCCUUAUAACUGUCAAUAAUCUUGGUCUGGCACUGCGUAAUCAGAAUAAGCACCACGAAGCGGAGAUUAAUUAUCGACGUGCAUUUAUGGGCGCGGAGAAGACGCUGGGGCUUGACCACCGAGAUACCCUAAUGUGCAUCUAUAAUCUGGCUGGGGCGCUGCACAAGCAGGGAAAGUAUGAGGAGGCGGAGAAGAUGCAUCGGCGUGCGCUCGCAGGGCGAGAGAAAGUUCUGGGGCUAGGUCACCGAUACACCCUUCGUAGCCUCAUCAAACUAGGCACAGUACUGCACGAGAAGAAAAACUACGAUGAGGCGGAGAUUAUAUAUCGACGCGCUGUUAUGGAGGCAGAGAGAGUUCUAGGGCCAGACCACCCAAAAAAGCUUUCACCCACUCUCCAUCUUCCUCUAUGCCCGAGCGAUGAGUCACGCAUCAUGAUGGAGAUGAAGGUCCACGUUUACUCCCGAAUGAAAUCAUGCUGGCUGUUCUCUUAUAUAUCUUAUCCCCUCAUUUCUUUUUCAAAUAUUCGCUGGUUUUAUAUUGGGGUUCCUUUCUUUUCAAUGUAUGAUAUGUGUUAA